UAUAUUCUUUUUAACAUUUCGUUCCGUUAAAACUAUGCUCGUUUUGGCAUUAAAACAAACACCUAGUAUGCUACUUCAUGCUGUCUGUACUUCGUUGCUGUUACCUUAAACGAGUGCUUCUGGAGACACCCAAUUCCCAAACUUAUCGUUGUGCGCUUUCUUUGCUUUCAAAAGCAGAAAUUGCAUUGGUUAUAGCUUUUAAAAGCAAAAUGAAGUGAGGAUGAGUGCAAGUAUUCUGGUAGCUGAGGCAGUGUGGAAGGACAUUGAGUCCACUCGUUCAGUGUCCAAUGAUCAGCUCUCCACCAGCUUGCAUUUCUUGUUUGGUAAGAACUUUGAGCGAGCCACUAGGAUAGUAGAUCAAAGAGGUGUCAAGAGGAUUUCUGGUGAGCCUAGCGGGCGGUUCAUCUUUCAGGUUGUCGGAGAAUCACGGAGGAAGGAGGAAUAUUUCUGCUUUGCUGAAUGCUAUUGUGCAUGUUAUUCGUUCUUCUAUGACAUUGUAAAUAGAGGGGAACAACUAUGUUGUAAGCAUCAAUUAGCUGCAAGACUAGCUGCAUCCUUGGAAGCUUGCAUUGAAGUUAAGGUGUCUGAUGAGAAGUUAGCUCUAUUGCUAUCAAAACUUUGAAAUCUUUCAAUUGAAUACUUUGCAUUUGGUGUUGAAGUUUUGCAUGAGCAAAGAACAAGUUGAUGUGUUCAUUAAGUUGUACCACGUGAUUUUCAUUU